ACUAACUCCGGCCUGGCUCCUUGGGCUAACAAUCUCUCGCUAUAACUUUCCGCAUUGAGGGAGAAAGGGAUGAUUAGUCGUGUCAUCUUUAGUCUUCGGUAGUUUCCAAAAAAAAUCGGCCGCGUUUUCGCGUUUGCGGUAUUCCUUUGCAAAAUAAACGUGUCAAGACUUUUUAAUAUGUUUUUUUUACCUCGUAAUCUAUGAUACUCGUACAAUAAUUUUUUUAGUUUUAAAAUCAAUUGCUCCAUUUUUUCUGCUUCCGUAUUAUGAAGAAUGCCAGUUUCAGAAAAACACUAGAAAGAAGAUGUAACAAAGUAAUGGGUGUUGGUUAUCACCAAUCAAAAAAUGAAGAGCAUCGUAAAUGCACUCUCACUUCCAAGUUUCACAUUAUCUCAGCAAUUUUUGUCACAUAUUUCGAUAGCAAUAACGGUAGAUAGUGAGAAGAGCCUCCACGGUGGUAAAUACGGAGACCACGUAGGAGGCCCACAAACGCCAGCAUGGUGGGUUCCAGAGAAUGAAGAAGCAGAACGUCAGGACUCUCUCCUUAAUCGUCUGCACGUUCACUUACUUGUUAGUUGGAGCUGCAGUCUUUGACGCCUUAGAAUCAGAAACUGAGAAACGUCGCUUUGAAGCUUUAACUGAUAUCGAACAAAUAUUAAUUAGAAAGUAUAAUAUAUCCAUGGAUGACUACCGCAUAAUAGAAACCGUUGUGCUGAAAUCCGAACCGCAUAAAGCUGGCCAACAAUGGAAAUUUGCUGGUGCCUUUUACUACGCUACGACCGUACUCACCACCAUUGGUUACGGUCAUUCGACACCGAAUACUAUCGGUGGUAAAUUGUUUACAAUGUGUUACGCCAUGGUUGGCAUACCUUUAGGACUCGUUAUGUUCCAAAGCAUAGGCGAACGUCUAAAUAAAUUUUCUUCAGUCGUGAUAAAAAAAGUCAAAUUGUCGUUGAAUUGCAAAAAAGUCGAAGCUACCGAAUUGAACUUGAUUUGCGUGGUCACUACACUGAGCACAUUGACGAUCGCUGUCGGCGCAACCGCUUUCAGCCAUUAUGAAGGAUGGGCGUAUUUCGAUUCUGUGUAUUAUUGUUUCAUCACCUUAACCACAAUUGGAUUUGGUGAUAUGGUAGCGCUACAAAAAGACAAUACAUUAAAUAGCAAACCCGAAUAUGUAGGUUUCACUUUGAUAUUCAUACUAUUCGGAUUAGCCAUUGUGGCUGCCUCUCUUAAUUUACUCGUGUUAAGAUUUGUCACGAUGAAUACAGAAGACGAGCGAAGAGACGAAGCCGAGGCUUUGCAGGCGGCACAAGGUGCUGUAAGACUCGAAGGAGAUGUAAUUACUGCCAAUGGUUCAAUAUUAAGUAUACCGAUAGUGAUAGAAACGAAUUCGUUGGACGAACCGAACAGUCAGUCGGUUUGUACAUGUAAUUGUUGCGGCGAAGUAUUUCGAGGGCCCAAUUACAGUCCGGAAAGCUCAGUAUAUAUGCCUCCCUCGCCUCCUCCUCCGGCAAUACCGAUGAGGCCCAUAAAUAGGGCAUACUAUAUUUCGGGGACCAGACGACGUGCUUCCAUAUGACAUAUAUCUUCCUCUCAACAUCAAUUUUAUACUCAUAAAUCGAAUGAAUUAUUACUCAUUACGUAAUAUAUUCCGAAUUAGGAAUGGAUAAUUAUUUCCUUAAUUGAAAUACCUAUUUCGUUUCGGUCAUUCCUAUUAUGUUUUUAUCUCCAAGAGAUACGAAUCUAAAGUGAUAAUUAAGUAGAAUUAAAAAUACUUAAUCGAAAUCACAAGUUGGAAUAAAGUGAAGCACUACAUUUAAUUUUUCUGCUUACAUUUUAAAAUUUUUAUGAUAUAUUUUUACCUUUUUUUUUUUUUUGUUUUUUUUCCUUUCGUCUUUUACAAAAUUUUUGCAAUUUUAAUAACGUACCUAUUGUUAAUUUUUUUAAAAUUUUAUUUAUACUUAGGGAUUUAUCCAUUUGUAAAUAAUUAAAACGGAAAAACUACCUACCAAAAGUCAUUAAAAAUAAUUUAUGUUCAUCUGUUCAUUUAACUUGCGCGUAUUCGUGGCGUUCAAUCGUGGUAAAACAUAUUUCCGGUAUCUAAUGUAAUAAAUCCGCCAUCUGUUUUCCAAUUCUUGGACGAAAUAUCUACUUUGUAAAUGCUGAUAACAAAUAAUAAUAUGAAACAAAUUCUGAUGUAACGUAUACCCAUAAUGGCUAAUUACGAGAAUUUUCAAUUUUGUAUAGUUGUAUAAUAUUUUUCUAUUUUUCCUCUUAAUUUUGUUGAUUUUUUGAAAUUUUCUUUUCUUUUGGAUAUUCCUUAUCAUUUACUUACUUACUUUCUUACAAACCGUACAUAUGUACUUAGGUGCCUAUAUAAGCACAUCGAAACCUCUCGUAAAAAAAAAUAGUAGAUAAUUUACCUGCUCAAUUAUAACGAAACAUUGAUAGGUAGGUAUCUAUCUGAUUUUUUUGGUCAUUACAAUUUACAUUCUCAGUGAAAUAAAAAAUAUUUACCUACAUAUUAUACGCCUAUCCACCAGGCCCGUAGCCAGCAUAAGGGCAGCCAGGGCGCCGCCCUGGCUGGCGAAACGCUUUGCCCUGGCUGAACGAAUUCGCAAAUUUCUCCUAUCACAAACAAAUUUUGAAAUCAUUUUUCCAUUUUUUGCAAUUUUGAAUCCAAAAUAAUUGCAUACCUUAUUCAAGGUGUCAAAGAGGUCCUACAGGUCCUACUGAAGUACUAAUUUUUCUCAAAAGUUCUUUUAGUCCUACUAAAGUCCUAUUUUUCAACAAUUUUAUCCAAAAGUCCUACUUUUUUCAAAUUUUAAAUUUUUCCCAUUUUUCCGGAAUUUUGAACAAAUUUUGUAGAAAAGGGCUCAUUUGUCGACUUUUUUAGAUUUUGAAUUUCACAUUUUGAGAGCUUUUGCCCUAGCUUUGCUCGUGCUGUUUGCAUCUUCUUUUCUCGCAUAGAAAACUUAUGUAUUUUGUUCAAAUUCGAGAAAUGUUCAAAGUUUGAAUCAGGAAAAUGAAAAUAAACUCCUCUCUCCAUAAGGAAACUUUUUAUUUUCACUUCUGAAAACAUGAUUGAAUUUUUGAAAGCUGUUGGCCUCGCUUCAUUUAGGAUUGUUCGCUUUUCUUUUUCAAGUUUGAAAUUUUUUUUUUUCAAUAUUCAUCCGGAUUUUUAAAAGUUUUAAAACAAAAAUAAUAAACUUCUUCAUAUUAUGUACAUAUAUCAUACAAGAAAACAUCGUUUUCAUACACUUCAUAAUAUUAAUUUUCGGGAUUCGCCCUCGCUUCGCUCGGUUCCGUUUGCUUUUCUUUUUUGGAUUUUAAAUUUUCCAAAAAAAAUCACCAUUUAAAUAUUAAAAUUUUGAAGCAAAAUAAUAAAUUUUUUAUAAGUAGCUCAUCACACAAAAAACGUUGUCUUAUACCUCUCAAAAUACUGAUUUUCGAGAGCUUUUGCCCUCGCUUCGCUCGAGCCCAUUUGCUUUUGUUUUUCAAUUUUUAAUUUUUCUAAAAAAAAAAAAUCAUCAUUGGAAUACCAUCGUUUUUAUGCCUCUCGAAAUACUGAUUUCUAUGAGCUAUGACUGCUUGAAUUAUUAACCAAAUACAAAAUUUGCGACAACCCCCCCCCAUAACUCAUAAAUUUUGGUAAAUUUUCAUGCCCUGGUUACAAUUCCAUCUGCCCUGACUGAAAAAAAUCCUGGCUACGGGCCUGCUAUCCACUAAAUUAUUAUACGUAGUAUUUAAAAUAUUUUACCUACCUAUUUAUUUUAUAUGCCUAAUCAUAUAUAUUGUACAUUUGUUUGAAGUGAAUAUAAUUGGGCAUUUUUUUUAUACUACGAAUUAUGAAAUGUAUAAAUUUUAUUAUAAGAAAAUCGUUAGAACUUUUUUAUUUUUUUGUUUAAUAAUUUAUUCAUUGUAUUUUAUUUAUUUAUUCAUUUUUUUCCCAUUAAAAUCACUAUUAUGUAGAUAUAUUGAUUCCCCUCGUUGUAUUUUGCAAUACCUGUGUAAUUUUUUAAAUAAUUCCAAAGGGUAAUUAAUAUAAUAUUGUAAAUGAACAAAUAAUAAUUUUUUUUUAAAUCGACGAUCCGCAACUAUACCAUUGUACAUUGUACAUAACGUAUGUAAGUAAGUACGUAAAAAAUCUCCAUCAAUGAAAGUUGCGAUAAAAAUGAAGCAAUAAUUUAACAAUUUUAUUAAUGAUUUUUUUAAAGAAUAUAACUGGACAAUUUAAUGAAAAUUUUGUGAAAGCAAAUCACUGUACCUAUCAUAUAUGUAUGCAGUGCACAACUGUACAAAGCCCAUAUUCGAAAAGUUAAAAUCGCAGCCACUUCAGAAACACAUCUUUGAAAAUUGUGAUUAGGCAACUUUUCGUUUUCGUUGCAUCCUAAAAUAUGGAAAAUCAAUUACAAUUGUAUACUUCAACAUUGGUAAAAAUGUUAAUCCUACCAAAUUAAAUGAUCAGCUACUAAACGUGAUAUUCAAAAUAAUUAAUCACGAGUGAAAAAUGAGUUUUUAAACAUUUAUGCAGUUCCAGUUCAAUUAAAGUAUUGUUUAAACGCAAACCCUGAACAGAUUGUAAGCUAUACCUAUUGAAAAGUUACAUAUGCGAUUUAAUGUGCAACGUAUUGUCUAUAUGCAUUUAAUUAAGAAUAUUUGCUUCAAAUUUGGAAUAUUUUUCAUUGAAUUAUACUACCUAUUGUUAUUGUAUCUUGUGACUUAAAAAAUAAUUUAAAAAAUGAAAAUAUCGAGGUAUAUAAUAUAAAAAAGAUGAUUUUCGGAGGUACUUCUAUUAAUAAUGAAUUAACGCUAUUGUAGGCUGUUGAUAUUGGCCUAUUUCAUGAUUGAUAUGUACCUAUUUCUUCAGAGCUUUACUCAAACACACGAUUAUUUUAUUUUAUUUUUUCAUUAUUUUUUACGUAGUAGACGAAUUUUAACAUAAGAAAUUAACAUUUUUUUUUUGAUAUUGUCCUAAUUUGAAAAAUUAUAGAUGAAAAAUUGCACAUCAAAAGCUUCAGUAAUCAUCAGGUAUCCUGCAAAACUGAAAAUACACACUAUAUUUCAUUCGUUUGAAAUUUUCAGUUUUCCGUUAGCUAGAAUUGAUUUUUGAAAAAGAAAAAAAAACGUAAAAAUAACAAUAGAUGUACGUCUACCCACCAAUACAUUUUUAAAUCUGGUCAUUUACAAACCUAUAAAUUAAAUAAUACGAUUAUUUUACGAAAUGACCAAUUUUUUUUUCUAUUUUACUUAUUUAUCAUACUCCAGAAUAUUGGAAUUGUCUGAUAUAUCUACUUGUUUUAUAUGAUUUUGUUAUACUAUAACGCUGAUCGCAAGAAAUUGUUUAGUCAGAGUAGAACAGAACAAAAGUUUAUAAAAUAUUUUUAAUUCGUGUUUUUUUUGUUUAAUUUUUUAACGAGAAGCUGUAUUGUGAAUGUAUCUUCGAUGCAUUUAAGUACCUACCUAUAGCAGUGCGAUACUGAAAUAUUUUUGAACUGCAAAUAAGAUUCGCUUAAAACUUUUUUUUAUUAAAAUUUCCCGUGUAAUUUUUUAAAACAAAAAUUUUCAAGUAUUUACUGCCCCUCUACUGCCGAUGAUUAAACGGAAUUUUUUGUAGAGUUUUUUCCUUCUUAAGCUUAUGUAAGUUACUAUAGACUGCUUGAUUUUCGGAUAUGGCUAUCAACUUAAGAUUUUAAAAAGUAUAUAAUUCGACAACUUCGCGAACAUAAGUAGCCAAUCUAUCGACCGAAUUAUUGGAAAAUUUUGAAAUGACGUUAAAUAUUUCAAUACACACUAGAUCCCAAAUAUAAUUAAAUACUUAGUGUUACUUCGGUGCAGAAAAAGAAAAAAAAAUAUGACCGAAAAUCAAGGCAAGAAUUUACUUGUAUUAGGUGUACCUACUUAUUGUAUUCAUGGUGUAAAUAACAUCUUUACAAACUAUACUUUUUCGAACUUAAGGAUCUUAUUAUUUUUCAUUUUCUAAAUGUAUAAAUCAACAAAAAAAGGACCAUACAUAUAUUAAACCAUCACACUCAACAAUAUAAGCAGAUUGUUUUAGAGCUAUACAAUAGGUAAAGUUCUGUAAUAUAUGUAUUACGAUUCA